AUGAAGAGAAAGCUAAAACAUCUGACCCUGGUUAUGUCAGCAUAUAAUAAGACUGAUGCCCAUCCACUGACCUUCAUUCUCAUCGGCAUUCCUGGGUUGGAAGCUGCCCACAUCUGGAUCUCCAUCCCCUUCUCCGUGGUCUACCUUCUGGCUCUACUGGGAAAUUGCUCUCUUCUGUUUAUUGUCAAGACAGACCCCAGCCUCCGUGAGCCAAUGUACCUCUUCCUCUGCAUGCUGGCUGUGGCUGACCUUGUUGUGUGUACCACAGCUGUGCCCAAACUUCUCAGCCUCUUCUGGUUCCACGACAGGGAGAUUCGCUUUGAAGCCUGCCUCACUCAGGUGUUCCUGAUUCACUCUUGCUCUACCAUGGAGUCUGGCUUCUUCCUGGCCAUGGCAUUUGACCGUUAUGUAGCCAUUUGUAAUCCGUUAAGACACUCAGCCAUUCUGACACACACUGUAAUUGGGGGCACAGGCCUAGCUAUUGUGCUCAGGGGCACAGCACUUCUCAGUCCUCACCCCUUUCUGCUACGUUGGCUUCCCUACUGCAGAACCAAUGUCAUCUCUCACACCUACUGUGAGUUCAUGGCCCUCAUCAAGAUUGCCUGUGCUGAAACAAGAAUUCGCAGAGCCUACAGCCUCACUGUUGCCUUUCUCACUGGUGGGGUGGACUUCAUAUUGAUCGUUUGCUCUUAUGUCCUCAUACUCCGCACCGUCUUUCACCUCCCAUCCAAGGAUGCCCGACUCAAGACCUUGGGCACCUGUGGCUCCCAUGUCUGUGUUAUCUUAGUGUCCUAUACUCCAGCCUUUUUCUCUUUUUUCACCCACAGGUUUGGGCACCGUGUGGCUCUGCAUGUCCACAUAUUUGUGGCCAACAUCUACCUUCUUGUCCCACCAAUGGUGAACCCCAUUAUAUAUGGGAUAAGGACCAAGAGGAUACGGGACAGAGUCCUUAAAUUGUUCAGUUUCUCAAAGCCACUAAAGUGA